AAGUAGGGAGGCGCGGCCGGAAGAGGCGGGCUCGAGGGAGCGGGUCUCCCGGGUGACGACUAGGCCGAGCUGGCGGCGGCCCGUGAAGGAUGCGAUGGCGCCCGGGACGGGACCUGCCCCGUCAUUAGUGGUGUGACGAGCGGCCUGUGCCCUUGAAUGAAGGGAGGUCGCGGUCGCCGAGGGAAGCGGCACCCCCUCGGCUCGGGCCGCGCCGCCUCCUCUCCUCCUCCCGGCACAAGACGACGACUUUCACCAUGGCCAUUACACAGUUCCGUCUUUUUAAAAUUUGUACGUGCCUGGCAGCAAUACUCUCUUUUUUCAAGAGAUUAAUAUGCAGGACUGGAAGAGGACGGAAACUAAGUGGUGACCAAAUAACUUUGCCAACUACUGUGGAUUAUUCAUCAGUCCCUAAACAGCCAGAGGUAGAAGAUUGGACUUCGUGGGAUGAAGAUGCUCCAACUAGUGUGAAGGUUGAAGGCGGUAACGGCACAGUGGCCGGUCAGCCAAAUGGUUUGGAGGAGAUGGAGCCUGACUACUUCAAGGACAUGACUCCAACAAUAAGGAAAACUCAGAAAAUUAUUGUUAAAAAACGUGAGCCCUUAAAUUUUGGCAACCAGGAUGGUUUUUCUAGUAGAUUAGCAGCUACACAAGAUGUACCUUUUAUUCACCAGUCGCCGGAAUUGGGAGACUUGGAGACGUGGCAGGAAAACACGAAUGCCUGGGAAGAAGGGGAAGAUGCAGCCUGGCAGGCAGAAGAAGUUCUGAGGCAGCAGAAAAUAGUUGAAAGAGAAAAACGCGCAGCUGAGCAGCAGAGGAAGAAGAUGGAGAAAGAAGUGCAGCGGUUAAUGAAGAAGGAGCAAAAUAAAAUUGGAGUGAAGCUGUCCUAACAUCAUUCAUCCUCCUUUCUGUUUUUUUUGUCUCAUGGUACCAGUGACGGGAGAAUCUGAAUACGUACUUUUGUAUUGAUCUCAGUAUUUUUAGAACUCCACUCACUUCACAUUUAAAGCCAUCUCGGGGCGAUGCAGCUCUUCCAUAAAGAACCUGCAGCCGGACCGUUCAAACCACAGGAGCGUCAUCCCACUAAAAAUCCUACCAGAACUGGACAUUAUUUCCUGCAAAGAGCCCUAUCCCAGCACUCUUAAUAUGAGCAGAGAUAACUGCUGCAUAAAACUCUCAAAAUGCCUGUUUGAAGCUUACGGGAAUAAAGGGGUGUAAAUAAUCGAAUGACGGCGGUCUAUUCUAUUGUCUUAUGCUUAUUACCUGGAAAGGUGUGUAAUUAAAUAAUUUUAAAGAAAA